CUCGCCGAGAGACUAUUAUGACCUGACCUCGACCCACGUCGAAUGAUUUGCUGGGGGAAGUCCGAGACCGAGGGGGGGCAUCGCAUCAAUCUGCGUAACUAGUUUUACCAAUUCAUUAUCGAUCGGCUGAUUCGGGUCAGGGUUGUCUGGAUGGUGAAAACCGAGUGAUUCUGUUGACAGAGCAGUUCGAGGAAUCAAUCUGAUGCAGCAGCCUAUGGCUAUGGGCGCGAGUAGUAGGCGGGCAGCGCGGAUUAGAAGAAGAAGAACAUGAGAAAAUCAAGUGGGCGAUGGCAUCUGAUUUGAUGUGGUCGAGUGGCAAGAUUCCGUGGAUGAGUUGGAGACUUGCGAUAUACUCUACUCCGCUCCACUCCGGCUUACGAUUUGCCUUCACCCCCUCGAUGCGCUCGGUGUGUCCAAAGUGUUGAUUUUUCCCCGGUCUCGCGAUGCGGCUGACAAAUGGCACUCGCGCUCGCGCUCGGUUCUGGGUUUUCUUUUCUGGUGACGGGGUCGUGAACGCUUUAUCAGAAGCCAACAAAAGAUGGAUCCAAAAGCGAGCGAUCAACCGCAGUAAAGGUGCGAGCGAGAACUAAAGAUUUGACUCUAGACAGCUAAAAAGAUGGUCGCAAGAACCUAAUGCAACACUAUCCCUGCAAAGGUUAACUCUGUCGCCCGGUCGCAUAUCCACGCACGCCAAAGCAAAGCACGCACGUCCGCCGAAGCAAUGCGGUAAGUCUACUCUUAGCACACCGAAAUUCUGAUCAAGACUCUGCGCUUCGCCAUCCCCCCGCACCCAAUUAGUGUGCUGUGCAAAAUGCGACAAGUGUAGAUGCAGAUGCAGAGAGAACCUUCCUGAUUCUCGCGUAUAUACCUUGCGCGAGUGUAUGAUUAGGGCGUGCGCAGAAGAAGGCUGAGCGAAGGCAAGGGAAGGGAAGUGAAGAAAAGGGCGAGCGAUUGGAAGUGACCCCGUAUGGUAUGAUGAUGAUAAGUUGGUGUUCCGGAUUUUGGAGAAAGGGAGGGCUGCCGAAGAUAUGUGGUUCGAAAGUGAUGGGGUUGCAUUCCUCAUUUGCGGUGAGGGAUGUCGGAAAGAGAUGAGGGAGGGAGGGGGCUGGGGGGUGGGGGUGGGACGCCAUGCCUGGCCAUGCCAUGCCACGCUUGGUGAGAUAUUCCCGGUGCAGGAGUCUGUCGAGUAAAAGGACAACCAAAUGUUUGUAGUGAUUGAGGAGUGGAGAAAGAGGAGGGGAGGGGAGAAGAGGCAUCAAAAGGACCAACAAUCGGCUUCCCUCCCUUGCAGAGGAGUGCUGUGCUGUGCUGUGAUAUGAUGUGAUGUGUUGUGUUGGGGGAGGAGGGCCCAAAGAUUUGAUACCGGAGAGCCAAUUCAGGGCCAAGACAUGUUCCACUACAGCAGCAGAAGCAAGCAAGCAAGCAAGCAUACGGGAUGGAGGUAGGGAGGGAGUGAGGAAUGGAGGAGACAAGCGUGAGAUGGAUUUGGCCUUUCGAGAUGAUGGAGGAGGUAGUUGGAGUUUGACCACUGCUCCAACAUACAUUCACUUCGCUUCUGGGCUGCUUGACGCUUUUACUAGGACAUGAACGACGCUAAAGUCAAGAGGAUACAUGUACCAGCAGCAGCAGCAGCAGCAGCAGCACCUUUGCUUCCCGGAUAUGAGAUGAGAUGUGAUGGAAUGGAAUGGAUACCCUCGAAGGCCAGGAAUAUAUGAAAAAGGGGGACAGUUUCGAGCUCGCAAAAGAGACGACAAACAACAACAAAAGCUACGACUAUAAUGGACACGCGAACAAAAGAAGAAAAAGUCGCUCCAGAGAGGACGUAGACAUGAUACGCCCACCGCUCCGAACAGGACGCGCAGCGCACAAUUGACUCUCGCGAGUCGCGACGUAUCCGGACCUCGGACCUCCGACCUCAGACCUCGGACAGUAACCCAACCAACCAACCACCGAGCGGGCCGAGGGAGGGAGGGAGGGAGGGAGGGAGGGGGCCAUUGAACUCCGAGAACGAGAGAGAAAGAGAGAGGGAGAGAGAGGGCGGGCCGAUGUAAUGAUGUACGACGCCACAGUCGCUCGAUGCCGGACCAACGCAAACACCCUGACAGUACAAAGUACAGCGAACAUCAACGCUGCGACGCAGACAGAUUCUCAGAAAGCCGCGCUGCUUCCUCCCGAUGCUCCCGAUGCGCCUCCGACGGAGCUCGAUGUUGGCCACCGAAUGAAUGAACGAACGAACGAACGAAUGAACGAACCGAGGCCGAGAAAACAAAUGUCUUCUGGGGUGUACGAGGCAAGGACAGCAUCGGGCGGAUCGAUCGGACGGACGGGGCAGGAGGAAACGUGGCGGAAGCGGAUUUCACGAGGGGAGCACGUAAAGCGAACAAAAUCAAUCGAGAGAGAGAGAGGGGGGUUAAUAAAUGUGCAGUCGGGGGCUGGGGCUGGGCAUUCAACUUUGUCCUUAGGCUUGUACUUACCCCAAUCAUAAAAGGGCGCUUACGCUAUUUCCUGUGGCAACAGAUGAUUGGAUCGGAGACGCUCGGGACCGCAGGACCGAGCGACGACCCGAGGGUCGGAAGCAGUUUGGGAGUAAGUAACGGUGUGGGGGAGCUGGGGGGGGGGAGGGGCAGGGGCAACGGGAAGGGGGAAGGGGGGGAGAGAAGGGGGGUGGGCUCGAGAGGGCUAGUUUAGAGAGAGGCGGGUGAUGGAGUAGGUGGGGCUAUCUGUGUACGUUCCCUGGUCUAUGGCUCGGAACGAAACGGUGCUGGAGAAUAUUAAUCCCGAAUUGAUUCGCUCCGUUGGGGUGCUAAUCAUGUGAGCGUUCGUUCAUCUCUCUCUCUAUCUCUCUUCCUGUUUUGUGCUCUGCUGCAGUGGUACUGUGCGCUGGGAUCCGAUAACCAGCGCGCGCACACUCUCUCUCUCUCUCUCUCCCUCUCUCUCUUUCUCAGAGGUUCAGUUCAGUUCAGUUCAGGUCAGUUCAGUUCUUCCGUGGAGACGGGCCUAGACCUCGGAAACAACAGCACGCAGUUCCAGACAUUUGAUGAAUCUUUUACUGUCCAG